AUCUAACGAAGCCGUUCUUUUGGGGCAAAAUAAAGAUGAUAUUGAAGGAUUUCUUUUUGACUAUGAGAAAGAGCUAAUAAGGACAAAGUGUACAUGGAAGAACCUAAAUGAGGAAAUUGUAAAGAUUAUAAAUGCCAAGAGUGCUGAUGUGAUCAAAAUAAAUCGGUUAAGAAAUAUAAAGCAAGGAGAAAAAGAAACAGUAAGAGAGUUUGCUAGUAGGUUUGAGGCAUACCUUGACCCAAUAAAAGACUCCAUAAAAGAGAAGACUAAAGAAAGUGUUCUUUUAAUUGAAAACUUUCAAAAAGACAGAGAACGAAUUGACAAUAAAAAAGGUAUACUUGCAACUGAAGAGAGAGCUCAAUCGAAUGAUGCAGAUGUGGAAGGAAUAACGAUGGCAUUGGGAGCUUUAACAAUUAACCGUGUGAAACAAGAAACAAACAAUGUCAGUAGAAUAGAUAAACUUGAAGAAAAUAUGAAGGAAAUAACAAAAAUGUUUAAGCAAUUCAUAGAAAAUCAAGAGACAUCUGAACAUACUAAUACUAGAAAUCAAGAUACAACGAGACCUCGGAAGCAGAACUCUAUGAGUCGUCAAUGUUUUGUUUGUCAGCGAAAGGGUCAUGUGGCAUGUAGUUGCCUGAACAAAGUAGUUCAAGGACAAUUAGAACAAAGAAACGAUCAAAGAGAGAUUAGGCCAGAAAACAUAGAUAAUAGGGAUGUAAACAUAUGCUAUUUUGAGAUAAUGGACACCUCAUUGAAUAGUGGUGUAGAAUGCCUUAAAACAUAA